AGCCUCAACAUGGAGGAAGUUUUAACGUUCGCUGACGAAUACGAAAAAGCGUCAGGAAAUAUUGGAACCCGUCUUUUCUUACUUAAGAAAUACAAGCACAUCGUAUGUGCUCUCGAAAAGAACUAGGCGUCUCGAUGGCUGCAAACGGUCUUAGAAAUAGCAGCUAUCCGUCUCUCGCGCGUAAUAAUGGCAGAGUCAAACCGCGUUCGAUCACCGUAGCUUUUUAUAACGCGAAUGGAAUUAGGGAACAACGGGACGAAAUUCAUACGUUUCUUCGCGAUCAUCAAGUCGACGUACUACUCGUGCAGGAAACAUUUCUUAAACCAGCAAUGAGGGACCCGAAGGUCUCUAACUACAACAUCGUCAGAAAUGAUAGGACCGGCGCCCCGGGUGAUGGUACUGUCAUUUACUACAAAAAAUCCCUGCACUGUGUACCGAUUGACACGCCCGCGUUAACGCACUUAGAAGCCUCGAUCUGUCAGCUGGUCAUGACUGGCCACGCCCCAAUUACGAUAGCUUCAGUUUACCUUCCAUGUAGACCAAGCGCAACCAUCUUACGAUCCGACUUAGAAGCCCUUCUAUCCCUAGGAGGAGCCACCAUCCUUGCAACCAGAAUCAGUAAACGCGGCCGUGCGCUUGAUGCACUGUCAAACUUACUCGAUUUUGAAAUCUUAGCGCCAAUAGAACCCACGCACUAUUCCCACGUAUUGGGACACACUCCGGAUGUGCUAGAUGUUGCAAUCGUCAAAAAUAUUAACCUUGCCAUACGCAAUAUCGAGUUGAUACAUGAGCUUUACUCAGAUCAUCGACCAGUUCUGUUGCAGCUAGGGCCCUCUGCCCCGGCUGACCCUCAACUUAAAACAGUCGUUGACUGGCACAAGCUUAGUGCCAAGCUCAAAAACAUUUCAUCGCCACACCUAAUCGCUAUCCCCGACUUAAUUAUACAGAUAACGAUAUGGGCGUCGCGAUCGGCUCUCUAACAAGUCAUAUCCAAACCGCCAUCGACGACUGUUCAAGGCAGAUGCCUGAGUCAGACAAACAACGCUGGGCACUACCACCAGAUGCCAGAGACUUGCUGAGACGCAAGAACGCGGCCACCCGAGCUCACGAUUUGUAUUCAACUGAAUCGAACCGAUUUACGAGUUACGUAAAUAAGGUAAUAUAGGUCCAAAUGGCAGAACUAAACCUAGCGACCGUCCUGGAUUUUCUUCGGCAUAAGUACCCCGAAGUAUUUAGGGCACUUUUCGCGUCAUGUCCAAACGGUGAAACUGAGGAGCCCGCAGGGCCUUCCCACCCGAACAGCGAUGAUUCGCUACCGACUAGCGACACGGUGGAGAUGGAGUUAGACUCUCCUAUGUCACCAGACAACCCCGAAGAUGCUGGCGGCCUUUUUACGGUUGCCUGGACUGGCGCUCAAUCGAAGCUAAACUCCAAUCCACAGAC